CACUGAGGCAAACAUAGACAUCAAGGACCUUCAGGGUAGAGCCUGGAGGAACGGUGCAACCGGAUCCUGAGGAACAUGGAGGCCUCCCUGACAGCCCGGGAUCGCGUGGGCAUCCAGGAUUUUGUUCUCCUGGACGCCUACACAAGUGAGAGCGCCUUCCUGGACAACCUGAGGAAGCGCUUCCAUGAAAAUCUCAUUUACACCUACAUUGGGACUCUCCUGGUGUCAGUCAACCCGUAUAAAGAGUUAGACAUCUAUAGCAAGAAGCAAAUGGAUAUCUACAUGGGAGUUAACUUCUUUGAGCUGCCACCUCAUAUUUAUGCCCUGGCAGACAACGUCUUCCGCACUAUGCUGUCUGAGUUCAGCAAUCACUUCAUCCUGAUCUCAGGGGAGAGUGGCGCCGGCAAGACCGAGGCCUCGAAGAAAAUCCUUCAGUUCUACGCUGUCAGCUGUCCAAGUACCAGACUCCUGAACAAUGUUCGAGACAGACUGCUUCUCUCCAAUCCAGUGCUUGAGGCUUUCGGAAAUGCCAAAACCCUGAAGAAUGACAACUCAAGCCGCUUUGGGAAAUACAUGGACAUCCAGUUUGACCACCAGGGUGGUGCAGUUGGUGGCCACAUCCUCAGUUACCUGUUGGAGAAGUCCCGUGUGGUGCACCAGAACCACGGAGAGAGAAACUUCCACAUCUUCUACCAGCUGGUGGAGGGAGGGGAGGAAGAUCUGCUCCGCUGGCUUGGCCUGGAGAGAAACUGCCAGCACUACAGUUAUCUGGUACAGGGUGAUUGUGCCAAAGUUAGCUCUAUCAAUGAUAAAAGUGAUUGGAAAAUGGUGCGAAAAGCCCUCUCUGUCAUAGAGUUCAGUGAGAGUGAUAUUGAGCACCUGUUUGGAAUUAUUGCUAGUGUGCUCCACCUGGGAAAUAUCAUGUUUGAAGCAGAUGUUCGAGGAUACGCCACUCUCAACAACAACCAGGAGAUGCACUGGGUGUCAAAGUUGCUGGGGAUACCUGCUCAGGUGCUACAACAGGGCUUAACCCACAGGAAGAUUGAAGCCAAAACAGAGGAGGUGUUCAGUCCCUUCUCUGUGGAACAUGCAGUAUAUGCCAGGGAUGCCCUUGCCAAAGCCAUCUAUGGCCGCACGUUCAACUGGCUGGUCAACAAGAUCAAUGAAUCUUUAGCUAACAAGGAUUCCUCCAGAAAGACAGUUAUUGGUCUGCUGGACAUCUACGGGUUUGAGGUUUUCAAUGUGAACAGCUUUGAGCAGUUUUGCAUCAACUAUUGCAACGAGAAGCUGCAGCAACUUUUCAUCCAACUGACCCUCAAAUCAGAGCAGGAGGAGUACGAGAUGGAGGGGAUUGAAUGGGAACCAGUGCCAUAUUUCAACAACAGGAUCAUCUGUGACCUUGUGGAGGAGAAAUACAGAGGAAUCAUCUCACUAUUGGACGAGGAAUGUUUACGUCCUGGAGAAGCCACAGAUCUCACCUUCUUGGAGAAGAUGGAGGAAAAGAUUGGCGGUCACCCUCAUUUUGUCACACAUAAACUUGCAGACCAAAAGACGAGGAAAACACUGGAAAGAGGAGUCUUCCGCCUCUUGCACUACGCUGGGGAAGUUACUUAUUGUGUCGUUGGAUUCUUGGACAAAAACAAUGAUCUCUUGUAUCGAAAUGGGAAAGAGGUCAUGCGACAGUCCAAAAAUGCCAUUAUCAAGCAUUGUUUUCCUUCUACUGAACCGGACAGCAAGAAGAGACCUGAAACUGUGGUGACUCAGUUUAAGAGCAGCCUGGUGGGUUUGACAGAGAUCUUAAUGUCCAAAGAGCCCUGGUAUGUCCGCUGCAUUAAACCCAAUGAAGCCAAGCAGCCAGGACGCUUUGAUGACGUGUUGGUGAGACAUCAGGUGAAGUACCUGGGGCUGAUGGAGCACCUGAGGGUCAGGCGUGCUGGAUUCGCUUACCGCCGCAAAUAUGACAUUUUCCUCCAGAGGUAUAAGCCUCUGUGUCCAGACACCUGGCCCAACUGGAAAGGUACGGCAGCAGAAGGGGUGCGGCGCCUGGUCAAACACCUGGGCUACAAGUCCGAUGAGUACAAGCUGGGCAGAACAAAAAUUUUCAUCCGCCACCCUAGAACUCUGUUUGCAACGGAAGACGCCUUUCAGGUCUGCAAACAUAAGCUAGCAACAAGGAUUCAGGCCAAGUACAAAGGCUACAGGGUGAAAGGAGACUACCUGAAGCAGAGAGAAGCUGCCACUAAGAUUGAAAACUGCUGGAGAGGUCUGAUGGCCAGAAAAGAACGAGAAAAAAGAGCUUGGGCUGUCAAGGUCAUCAAGAAGUUCAUUAAAGGUUUCAUGACCAGAAAUCAGCCAGCGUGCACUGACAACAGUGAUUACCUGGCGUAUGUGAGGCAGAACUACCUCACACGGCUGAAGGAAAACCUUCCCAAAACACUACUGGAGAAGGACUCUUGGCUCACCCCUCCGCCUAUAAUGCAGGAGGUGUCCCAGCUCUUGAAGAAGCUUUACAUUCGCCACAUGGUACAAAAGUACGUUCGAAGAAUCACUCCGCAGAGGAAAGCACAGCUUCUGUUAAAAGUACAGACGAGCUCCAUGUUCAAAGGAAAGAAAGAAAACUACCCCUUCAGUGUGUGCAGACCGUUCCUGGACACGAGGAUAGGUGUGGAAGACAUAAACAUCAGAGUGUUUCAGAUGAUACGGCAUGAGCAAAUCAAGUACAGUGUGCCAGUGGUGAAGUAUGACAGGAACGGGUUCAGACCUCGUCUUCGGCAGCUCAUCUUAACUCAGGAAGCGGCCUACCUGGUGGAAGAGGCCAAGAUCAAGCAGCGGAUAGAUUACAGCUCUCUGAAAGGUGUGUCGGUGAGCAACCUGAGCGACAACUUCCUGAUCCUUCAUGUUACAUGUGAUGACAUCAAGCAAAAGGGGGAUCUGGUUCUGCAGUGUGACUAUCUGUUUGAGGCCCUGACCAGGCUCAGUGUUAUUGCCAACAAGCAGAACUGCAUCAAAGUGGUCCAGGGCAGCGUGCGAUUUGACAUCCAGCCAGGCAGAGAGGGGUUUGUGGACUUCAAGAGUGGUCAGGAGUCCAUGGUCUACAGGGCAAAGAACGGCCAUUUGAUGGUGGUGAGCACAGAGUUCAGAAAAUGUUAAGUCAUUACUAACGCUACCAACAAUUGACCAAGCUCUUUAUGUUUUUUAGGAAUCGACGAGAACCAAGUCAAGAUGAUGAUGAUGAUGUCAGCAAUGUGGGCUGAUGCUGCUCCUCUAAGUUUCAGACUAGCACCUCUUGAAUCAACAGCCACGCCUGCUCUGCAAUCCUGCUCCAUGGCUGUUGCCGAUAACAGCUGAAUUUUUACUAGUUGCAUCUUUGUGACAAUUUAAUACAAUGAAGUAUAUGUUAUUAUUUCACAGUUACUGCCAAUACCAUAGUUGCAGAGAGCGAAAAACAUGUUCACAGCAGAGCCUAGCCAGAAUAUCACUGGCUCUACUCGUUCCUAUUAUUUGGAGUUUAAAUUAUCUCUAUGUGAAUAAACUGAUUCCAGCUCAGAUUCAUGGACAUCGACCAUUUAUGAGAACAAGCACUUGUAAUUUUUUUUUUGUAUUAAACGUAUUUGAAAUGUUGUCUAGAUUAUAACAGUAGAGAAAAAUAUUGCAUAUGUGUGCAGCCAUGAAUGUAACAAUGUUUGUUAUACCUCACACAUGCUGUACCUUUGCAUUAAAACAUGAUAAACCACAAUGGACCCCGCAUAUGUUAAGCAUCUGAAUUCUUUUCAGUUCGGACUGAACAAAAUACACCAAUGGGUGCCUGACAAACAACUACCCACUAGUAUGUGACACCGUGAUUCCCGAGACAGCAGCUCCACCUACUGGCCUUUAUAUUUUUAAUCAGUGUUUUCAGUGUCUUCUUCCGAAAUAAGAGGGCAAAUGUUGAUUCAUAGAAUUAAAAAUGUAAAGUAGGCGUCAGAAUAGUGGAUGUGUGGGUCUUCUCCCCUCUCUGUCAACCUUCAGUUCAAGAGUUCAACGUGCUCAA